UUUUUAAAUGAAAUCAAAGGCCUAUAUAAUCACACCCAAAGCCCAUCCCUAACCAUGCGCCAACGAAGCUAGCAUCGACCAUGUCCAAGCCAAGGUUGGACGGCAAGGUGGCCAUCGUCACCGGCGGCGCGAGCGGCAUUGGCAAGGCGGCGGCGCGGCUGUUCGCGUCCAGAGGCGCCACGGUGGUGAUCGCGGACGUGCAGGACGCGCUGGGCGAGUCUGUGGCCGCGUCGGCCGGAUGCACGUACAUGCGGUGCGACGUGACGGACGAGGCGCAGGUGGAGGCGACGGUGGGCGUCGUGGUGGCCGCACACGGGCGGCUGGACGUCAUGCUCAGCAACGCCGGCGUGCUGCUCCCGACGGGGUCGGUGAUGGACAUGGACCUGCACGCGCUGGACCGCGUGAUGGCCGUCAACUUCCGCGGCGCGGCGGCGUGCGUGAAGCACGCGGCGCGCGCCAUGGUGCCGCGCGGCACCCGCGGCGCCAUCGUGUGCACGGCGAGCGUGGCGUCGCUCCAGGGCGGGUUCGGCCCGGCGUCGUACACGGCGUCCAAGCACGCGCUGCUGGGCCUGGUGCGCGCCGCGGCGGGGGAGCUCGGGCGGCACGGCGUGCGCGUGAACUGCGUGUCCCCGGGCGGCGUGGCGACGCCCAUGAGCUGCGCGCUCAUGGGCGUGGGACCCGAGGAGUUGGAGGCCAUGACGGUGCCGCACAACGUGCUGCGCGGGACGGUGCUGCGGGCUGAGGACGUGGCGGAGGCGGCGCUGUUCCUGGCGUCCGACCAGGCUGCGUUCGUCAGCGGACACAACCUCGUCGUCGACGGCGCCGCCACCGCAGUCAACCCCGCCGUGCUGCACACCAUCGGGCUGUGAACGCCAGAAAUAUAGUAGAUAAUUUUUAAUGCCUGCUCCAUCGUUUUGGAUUGCUUUGAUACAUUGAUUUGGUUCCAUUUUAUACCCCGCUUGGAACACUGAAAUCUUUCUCGAUUCCUAUGAGAAUCGAAUGCUUUGUCAUGGAACUUCAGCAAAA